UCAGUCGGAAAACGAUCGCGCUACCAGCAACAACACGCCACGACAACGCGCGCACGACCCAGCACUCGAAUUAAUAUCCAAUAAGUUAACUUUAUAAAAAACAACAAAUUCAAAACUGGCCAGAAAGGCAAGCGCGCGUACGCUUAGUAUACCAGACAUAUAAGGCUGGCGAUCAGCGACAAUAACUGCAAGAGGACGAACUCUUGUAGAAGGCAAAACCACAGCUAACCAACCUUUUUCGGUAGUGAAUUAAAUUGUGACAAUUCACGCGCGUGUGAGUGUGUGCUUGUGAGUGCGCGAUUUUAACGCAUAUAAAAAGAUGGCGGAUUCCACCACUUCAAUACCAACUUCCAAAGAAAAGUCAAAUUCAGUAUUUACACUGAAUGAUUUCAACUCACGCACCCAGCUAACCGAAAAGGCACAGCUUGGCGAUGAGUAUAACCCAGCGGAUCAUCGUGACCAAGUCAAGGGUCAAACGACAGGUGGCGCAUUAGCGCAUUUAUUGAAAAGCUCAUUAGGCACCGGUAUUCUGGCCAUGCCCAUGGCUUUCUACAAUGGCGGUUUGCUGUUCGGCAUGAUUGCCACGUUGGUGGUCGGCUUCAUUUGUACGCAUUGUGUGCAAAUAUUGGUUAAAACAUCGCAAGAUAUUUGCAAAGAAAUCAGAGUACCUGCCUUGUCAUUUGCUGAGACAGCCGAGAAGGUUUUCGAAAACGGACCAAAACGUUUGCGUUCAUGGUCAAAUUUUGCGAAGCAAUUCGUUGACGGCGGUCUGAUGGGCACAUACUAUGCCGCCGCUUGCGUUUACAUGGUGUUCAUUGCCACAUCAUUUCACGACGUGAUCAACUAUGACACCGGUCUUAAAUGGGAUGUGCGCAUUUAUAUUGCGAUUGUUGUAAUACCCUGCCUGUUAAUUGGACAAAUAAGGGAUCUAAAAUGGCUUGUACCAUUUUCAGCUAUGGCCAACAUAUUCAUUGUGGUCACAUUCGGCAUUGUGUUAUACUACUUAUUCAGCGAGCCUUUGGUGUUCGAAGAUAAACCGCUGAUAGCGAAAGCCACACAGCUACCGCUCUACUUUGCGACUGUCAUCUUCGCCAUGGAGGGUAUUGGCGUAGUUAUGCCCGUCGAGAAUACGAUGAAGAACCCACAAAGAUUCCUUGGCUGCCCCGGUGUGCUCAAUACUGCUAUGAUUGUGGUAGUGUCAUUGUAUGCGGUAAUCGGUUUCUUAGGUUAUGCACGUUAUGGCAGCGAUGUACUUGGCAGCAUUACUUUGAAUCUAAAGGAAGGUGUACCUUUGGCUGACACGGCGAAAUUGUUGAUGGCCGUUGCCAUACUGUUCACCUAUGGACUGCAGUUCUACAUACCCAACGAAAUUCUCUGGAAAAAAAUUAGUCACAAAUUUAACGAACAACAUCAUAAUAGAACACAAAUACUUUUACGUACCGGUAUUAUAUUGAUUAGUGGUGGUGUUGCUGCAGCUAUACCUAAUCUGGAACCAUUCAUCAGUUUGGUGGGCGCCAUCUUCUUCUCACUGUUGGGCAUUUUUGCGCCCAGCGUGUGUGAGACGGUUUACUUGUGGCCCGAUCGUUUGGGCUGGUGCAAAUGGAAACUCUACAAGAACAUUUUUUUGGCUGCCUUUUCGAUAUGCGCUCUGGUUGCUGGCUCAACAGCAAGUAUACAUGAAAUCAUCAAAUUGUACACGGAAUAAGUUUUAAGAUUAUUACUAGUGCUUAGUAUAAGUUUGAAAGUGUUUAGUCUUAGGAGUAUAUGUGCCAAACAAGCGCCAGUUAAGGUGCUUUAAGCAUAAAUUUUAAAUAGGAAUUUUAAUGUUUGUACAUACAAUAAUCCAUUGUUAAGUACCUGUGAUUUAAAUGUGUGAACGUGAUUCGCUUUUUAAGCAAAUUUAGUGCUUAAUGACAGUAUUUAGUUAAUAGCAAGUUUCGAAAAGGAGUUUAAAUUAAUCUGAAAAGCCUAGCCAAAGACUGUAUUGUUUCAGGCGUGGUCUUUGAGACGCUAUAUCACUGCUUGCAUGCCUUGUGCGUUGCUCUCUUUUCAAAAAAUUGCAUGUAAAUGCAACAACAAAGUUCUCGUGUUGAAUUCGUAAAAGAGAUAGUAUCAAGCCUCCCAAUUUGUUUCAUAUUUUAGAGCAGUUUUACUAUUGUGAAUAGUUCAAUAGACAAAUGAAAACACAUACUAUUUUUUAAGACUUAACAUCAAUUAUUAUUUGUUUUUUAGUAAACUAAGUGGUUACUAAAACGUUUUUUUGACGCAUAAAGCAGAAUUUAUCCACCAAGUAAUAAACCCAAGACAAGAGCGCAUGUGUGAAAAGUAGUUUGAACAAAUUUUACGAAUAGUUAGAAAUUGUACGAUAGUUUGUUGUUCGUUCGAUUCGCUACUCUACAACGCUAGGCGAAUCGAAGACGCUUGAGCAUCACAGCGAGUAACUAAAAUGUCAAUAAUAAAAACUCUGCGAGAGUCCUAACAACCUUAACACGCUAAGUGUCAAAAAUUAUAAGAAUGCUAAUGAAAGCAUGAAACAGGUAGUAGGUCGUAAGGCAAAGGUUAGGUCGAACAGAAAUUUAUUUAUAUUUAUUUUUUGUAGAAAAGUUAAUAUAAUUAAUAAUUAUUAUAAUUGCUAUUUUAGAAACUUUGUUGUAUCAUCAAUAUUAGUUUAGCAUUUUCGUUAACUGUUUUGAAGAAGCAAAUGCGAUAUUAACUUUUAUCAAUGUAGUUAUUAAUUCAAAAUCACUGAAAAUAUAUAAGUUUUUUAAACAUUUAUGAACAGUUGGAUUAUUCACCUGUUAAUUUAAGCUAACAAUAAUAAAUUAAAAAAAAAAAAUUGUAAAAAAGUAUAUUUACUGUGGGCAAAAAAUAUUAAGACUUUAAGGG